AUGAACCCCAGGUCUUUAUUCGGCGCCCCUCAACCUGCGUCUUCGACUACUCCCCAGACAAGUCCAGCCAAGCAGCCUACGACCACGUUCAGUUUUGGUUCCACUGCUUUCCCGAAUAACCUCGGGGGUGCUAGUAACACCAAUCCUCCCACCAACUCAUCUCAGCUUUUUGGGGAAGCGAACACCACCGGCGCAGCUUCAUUCGGCACCAAGUCCCCUUUCGCAAAUCCCAACGCAGCCCCAGGAACCACAGGCUCUACGACACCUAGCCUAUUCGGUGGCGCCACAGGUUCUACGGCACCCAUGUUCGGUGCCAACUCUACAAAUAAUUCCAUUUUCGGGAGCGCUUCUAAUGCCACACCCGCGGCAGCAACCUCUAAUACAAACCAGUCUACUACGGCCACCUCGGCCGCCAAGCCCGGCCUAUUUGGAAAUGCAAGUAGCAACUUAAAAAAUAGUAAUAUAUUUGGAACCUCUCCGGCCAACAGCGGUAAUGCGCCUGCUUCUAAUACGACGACUCCGAGUUUUUCGUUUGGGACACCGCCUGCCAAUCAGCCAGCAAAAGACGCGAACAGUGGAUCCUUGUUUGGUGCGCCUCAACCGUCUAAACCUGCUGGAGCCACCCCCACAAAUUUGUUCGGGAGCACAACUGCAGCCACUCCCACAAGCUUGUUUGGGUCCAAGCCACCCGAUUCUUCAAGCUCCAAUAAUCCGCAACCCUCCGCGACUCAGGCACCGGCGGCAGCGUCAUCCAUUCCAGCAACCACCGCUGCCGCAUCGACUUCCUUGUUUGCCCCGAUUGCUCCCAAAGCCAAUGCCACACCCGAAUUGCCGGCCAAACCGCCCACCCCGAGUCUUUUCGGAACUACGAAUAGCAGCGCCCUGGCGAUCAAGAGCACCGCCCCUAUAAAAUCCUCGCCGCUUGCCAUGAACUCCUCAACCACUACUGAUGGAUCUCAGGCUAAUAAGCCUGCUGGCACCCCACCGGCUACCCCCUCCACUAAGCCCAACAUCAACUUGGCCCCCUCGCUACUCAAAGGAAAAACUUUGGAAGACUUGGUCGCUCGCUGGAAUUCAGAAUUAGAUGAACGCGUUGAGGACUUCAAGCAUACUGCCAACGAAAUUGCUGCUUGGGACCAAAUGCUUAUUCAAAACGGAGACCAGAUCUCGAUGUUGUAUGAUGAGUUGCAGCAAAUAGAACCAAUGCAGAAUUCGAUCGACUCGACGUUAGACUAUGUAGAGACUCAACAACAAGAAUUGUCGGUGGCAUUGGACGACUAUGAAAGACAGCUUUCAAGUAGCCAAGCACAAGAUUUUUCAGCAACAUCGACCGGUCGAACGCGUACGGCUGCGCAGGAACGGGAAGAAGCCUACAAAACGGCGGAAGAAGUGCACGUUCAAUUGAAUGAUAUGGCCUCCUCCCUCGGAACGAUGAUUGCCGAGUUGAAUAGUUUGGCUGGACCCGCGAAUAAGAUCGACGAAUCAUCUUCCGGCUUGACAGAUGGCGCGAUUUCUUCUAGUUCUUCUUCGAAUGAAGACCCGAUCGUCCAAAUCGCUGGGAUCCUCAAUGCACAUCUUGGUUCUCUAAACUGGAUUGGAGAAAUCACUCAGGAACUCGGUGUUAAAGUAAAUGAACUCGAAUCACGAGUCGCUAACACCAAGGUUGAAUUCGGUUUGGAGUCCAACCUCAACAACCAUAGACAGAUCGAGUUCAAUAAUGAAGAACUUAAUCCUCAUUCUUCGGCUGCCGGUCUCAAUGGCUCGAGCCUCAACUCUGGGUUCGGGAAUCGAGUCCCAUCUGGUCUCUCGUCACAUCCUCGAAGAUGA